UUUUUUUUUAAAAAAAAAAGAAAAAAAAAAGAAAACAUCAUUACUUUGCUACUGCCAUGUAUUACUAUCGUGUCUGAAUUGUUAUUCUGUGCCCUUGUUUCUAGUUAUUCAUAAUAUCAAAAGGCCCCCAUGAUUGCCAGUCAUCCACGCUGCUCCAGCAUCGAUCUGGACUCCCCCGAUCGUCCAUUCGACAAUAUCAUCAACUUUCGCGAUGUCGGACGCUCCAUCAACCGACUCAUGGGAAAGAAGGUCUUGAAAGAAGGUGUUCUGUUUCGCAGUGCAAGGCUAGAUGAUGCCUCGGAAAGAGAUAAACGGCGUUUAACGGAUGAACUUCAUAUAGCUACUAUUAUUGAUUUGAGGUCUACAACGGAACAUCAAAUGGCAACCGCCAAACUUCAUGCCGAAACAGAUGAUUAUUCUACAUCAGCCGCGAACAACACCGACCAUCUGUUUCGGUUACCCGGUGUCCGCCGGCAAUUGAUUAGUUUAACCGGGAAAGCUUUUGAAUGGUCAUUGCUCUGGCGGUUGGAUUGGUGGAAUUUUCUGAAGGUCCUUGCCCUCGCUGCGUCCGGAUACCGUAGCGAUGCGGUUCUCAUCGUCGGGGAACAUGUUAUGUCACCUAGAGGGUUGAUCGGGUUAGGCCAAGAUACUCUAGAUAGCAGCACGGUGGAGAUGAGGGAGAUCUUUGACCUCUUGGCUUCGCGCAAUGAGGGAGAGGAUCGGACGUAUCCAGUUUUGGUGCAUUGUACCCAGGGUAAGGACCGUACGGGACUUGUUGUUUUGAUGUUGUUGCUUUUAUCGGGCGUUGUGAGUGAUGAGGCUAUGUUAGCAGAUUAUGUGCGUUCCGAACCAGAGUUAGUGGUUGAGGUUGAGGAGCGGAUGAAGGAGAUCCGGAAGUUGGGGUUGUCCGAGGAGUAUACGAAGUGCCCCGAUGGAUUUACGACAGAGAUUAGAAGGCAUCUGGAGGAGAGGUAUGGGGGUGUCGAAGGGUAUUUGCGGUCGGCGGGGGUGAGGGAGGAGAAAUUGGAGAUGAUUCGAGAGGUUUUGAUUGCUUGAGAACUCCGUUGUUCUGGUGUUUGGCGUUAGUUGUUGCACUGUAUAUGAUGCAGCUCCAUGUGGAUAUAUAGUAGAUAAUUCUAAUGAUAGAUGAAAUGGUUUGAUUGGA